UCGUGCGUGCGAGUUGUUUGGUUCGUGAACGGCGCCUCGUUGGCAAUAUCCAUCCGUGAUUCUCGGCGAUUAGACUUUUUCGAUUGUCGUUACUGCUCCGGCAUUCCAUUGAACGUGUUGUGGCACGUAUUCACGAGCGCAUUUACACGUGAAGGAAAGAACGCGAAGUUCGAUCGACGCGUAGCGUUCAUAACCACUCGCAUACAACUUCGCGUCUUCCUCUCGGCUCCUCGACCGCUCGGCAGGUCGGUUUCAUCAAAAUGGCCGAGAAGAGCGGCUCGCCGGCCGCUGCGGCUACGGCCCAGGAACAGCAAUCGCAGCAGCAGCAGUUUCUGUCUAGUUUCAUCAGCGAAAUCGUUAGGAGUCCGGUGAACCUCGCCCUGGUGGGCGUGAUCGCCAUCCUUGUCUACAAGAUCGUCAAGAGCCGCACGAGGACCGAGGAGCCUGUGCAGGAAAUAAAGAAACUGCCAAAGCUACGGCGCGAUUUCACAAUUGAGGAGCUGACCAAGUACGAUGGAAAAGGCCCGGAUGGGCGGAUAUUGGUUGCCGUGAAUGGCAGCGUGUACGACGUCACCAGAGGCAGCAGAUUCUACGGCCCUGGUGGACCAUAUGAAGCAUUUGGUGGUCGAGAUGCUAGCAGAGCUCUUGCAAGAUUCGCAGUGGAGGCAGCAACAGAUAAAUAUGAUGAUUUAAGUGAUUUGAACACUACAGAAAUGAAUUCUAUCAAGGAGUGGGAAGAGCAAUUUAAAGAGAGAUACGAUUAUGUUGGAAAAUUAUUAAAGCCUGGCGAAGCACCUACAAAUUACUCGGACGAGGAAGAUGAGGGUAGCCAACAGGAAACUGAAACAAAAUCAGAAACAGAUCGUAGCGAGACUGCCGAAAAGUCCAAGAGCGAUUGACCACUUGAUCCUACAUUGGAGACAGAACCCUUUGGAAAGCACACUACGCACACAUUGUUGUUACGGAAAUUUUUGAAAUUACCGCUCAUGAAUAUAUUUCUGGACGUUUGGUCGAAUAUUUUAUUACUUCAUAACUAUAAUCGGAUAAAAAGGCAAAAUGCUGGUUUUUAAUCAAGCUGAAAGCAUAUAAACAUUUUGGAACCUAGUGGUUACGCCUAGUGGUGAAGACUUUCUUUGAGCGUUCAACUUCCGAUCAGAAACGGACGUUCGUAUCUUUUAAUGUUUUUAUAUAUGUACAAAAGAUUUUCUACAAAAUGCUAAACUGAAUCAGUGGCAAAUAAUAAUAUAGCAUACUUCAUUGUAGCCAUUUUUCGUUAGUUUUAUUCUACUCUACAAUAUGUAAUGACGGUGCACAUUGUAUCCAUGCUUACGUAAAAGUACAGCAGUACGAUACAGUUUCUAACAUGCAUUUGGAGUUUAGUUGUAAGUCUAUUCACGAAAUGUCUUAUCAAAUCCAUGCAAUUCCAAUAAUUUUAUAAUUAAAAAGAAUUACAGUACCAAAUCAUAGAAGAAGUGGUCUUACAUAAAAUAUACAUUUUGGAGAAAUACGCUUGUGAAUAAUCCGACUGACUUGCUUGUUAAUCGGAUAAAGCAUUAUUAUAUAAUUACAUAUUUAGUUAUAUUUUUAAUACAAUUGUACCAGAUAUGUAAUUAUUAUUAAAUGAUGUGAGAUAUUGCGAUUCCGAAAGUUUCUUCUCGCUUACAUUGAGACGGUGCGAAAAGCCAUUUCGAUAAAACAAAUUAUAUAUUUUAUAUAUUUUAAUUGCUAAAAGAAAGCAUUACCAAAAACUGGAUGUAAUGCGUACAUCUCUAAAUGUUUGUUUUACGUAUAUGAAAGUAAUAAAUAUACAAAACUUGAAUCGAUUUUAACAGUAUAUCAUUUUGUUACAAUUACAAGAAUAUGAAUGAGUUUUGAAAUUCGGAAAUAUAUUAUGCUUGCAUAUACUUCCGUGUAGUGUUAUCUUUCGACACUGCAGAGCAACGAUUGAUUAUUAAUUACGCUGUUUUAUGGCAUUCUUCACCAAUAAUAUAAGAACGUGGUUUUGGUAAAUAGUUAUACUUACGAAUAAGCUUAUAAAUAAAAAUAGAAUUAUGUUAAAUGUAUAUUUAAAAGUCUUAUAUAAAGAAAAAGUUUGCAUGUAUUCCCUGCAUAACAUAAAACGCCGUCAAUGUAAAUCGAAUUGUAUUUUACGUCUUGUUGGCGUAUAAAGGUACGCAAAAAUUAUUUAUUGUAUAGCACACAACGUGUUAGUACACGGAAACGGUGUACAUAACUCUUAUCCUGGUUAAAUAGUAUUAAUUGUGGCAAAUAAAGUUUUACUAUUGUUUAUAUCAACCAAA